GUUGUCGGCGGCUCCUCGCGCCCAAACACGUCGCUCUGCGUCUGUUCCGCCCGCUCCUGUUCUGUUCUGUUCUAGUUCAUGUUCUUUUACACUUUUAGUCAUGGAUAUCAACAAACCCCGGAGCGGCGCCCGGACAUCUCCAUCGCAGAGGCUGUCAAACGGGUACCUCCUGCCCGAAGGGAAGCUCACGCCCAACGCUCUGUUCGUCGGUGGAAUUGACAUGAAGAUCGACGAAAAUGAAAUGCGCGACUUCUUUGCGCGGUUCGGGACCGUUAAAGAAAUCAAAAUAAUCACGUACAGAGGAGGGAUCUGCAAAGGGUACGGCUUUGUGUACUUCAGUGAAGAAGUGGACAUUCAGACAAUCAUUGAUCAACAGAUCAGUUUUAAAGGCCGUAAACUGAAGCUGGGCCCCGCCAUCAUGAAAGAAAGAAGUGCCCGUUCUCUGAAUCCUCGACUCUUCAGUCCAGCUCCGUGGAUGAGUCCCACACAGUACUUCUACUGCACCUGCUGCUCGCCCAUGGGUGGAGCCCCCACACCCGUCGUCAGUGGAGGGAGUCCGUACACUCAGCCGUACUACUCGAGUUUUGGGGGAGUGAUGGUGCCGCAGGUGCCAGUGAACUACACACAGAGUCCUUACAUGUACCAGCCGUACUCUGCUCCUCACUGGACCCCGGACCAGAGGACUCGCCCGGUCGGCCAGAACUUUGUGGACUGUGGAGUUCAGACGAUGCUCACGGUUCUUUAAACUCCUGCUCAGGCUACAGAGAUGAAGAGAAGAAGUGACACCGUUUUCCGUUUUUGUUUCACAACGAUGGAACCGACCAAAUCGCCGCGUCCUCUUCUCCGUCCUCGUGGUCCGACCUUUCGAUCUCCCCGCCCGUCGUCGUUUCCCUCGUUUCCACUUCCGCUCUUUUACGCUUUUAUCCCACCCGGAUCAUCGAGACGCCUCCUCACGGUGCCACCGCUUCGGGCUCACCUGGUCGAAGGGAACUUUUAAGCCCGCACCCCCUUUUCAUAUUUAUACGUUUAUUUUAAUAAUUUAUUUUGGAGUUUUAAAUGUUGUUCGGACCUUUUACCGUCGUUUAAGGCUCUCUGUUUACAUCUGGAGGAACACGGCGAUACGCUCAGUUCUGCUCGAGUGCAAAUAACACAAAAUGUCCCGUUCAGUUCAUUGGUUUUCACGUUAAUUUUACAGAUUUUGUUAAUUUAGUCAAAAUCCCUACUAGUGUUACGUUUCACCUUUAAAGUGCCCAUGUUCCAGUCUAUUCUGAGCUGUUCUGAUGUCGUUUUCUCAUCAAAAACACGUCUGGAGUUGUUUUGUUUCGUCCACACACGUUUAAAAACACACAAACUCCGCAUUUUUACACUUUAGGAGUUCUUUUCUCAAAUUUAAAACACUGCGCCACUCUUUUUUAAAUCUGUAUAACAGGAGUCUCCAACCUGUAGCUGCCUUUAACUUUGUUUUUUUUUUUGCACAUAAAGCAGAUGUCAGAGAAAACAAUUAGUAAUCAUAUAAUGUGACCAUUUUUUUAUUCCCCAAACC